AUGUCUUAGUAAAUAAAAUAAGUUGAAAUAAAAUAAGUUAGAUCAACCUCAUUCAAUAAUAAUUAUAAACCUUACGAUCGUCGAUAGUCGUAACCUUUAAAUUAGACAUUUGAAUAAAAGUAAUUCGAGUACCAUCAAUCGAAUUAAUCCACUGGUUAAGACUUGGUUGACAAUGAUAAACAAAACUAAAUGUUACAAGUGUUGGAACAAUAAAUAAAUAUUAAUUAGUAUUUGGAGUAAUAAGUUAACACAUUGCAAUAGUAACUGAUAAAAUAAUAGAAAAUUAUUGAACAAUAAAGUGAUAUAUCUCAUGUUUUAGAAUAACUUAAUGUAUACAAAGAAAUAGUAGAAUAAUUGGAAUUUAGACUUAAAGACAUUUUGAAGGAAAAUGACGAGUUAAAUUAAUUUAAUUAAAAAUAACAACAAAAAAUAUAUUAUCUGGAAGAGGAAAUUCGAAAAUAUUAAUAAAUUAUUGAUGAAAAGAUACAUGAGUAAGUAAAAGGAGUGAUGUCACCAGAUGUUUAAAGAAAGAUGAAGAGAUUAAUAGAAGAAAACGCCAUUCUUAAACAAAGUAAUAAAUAAAUGGAAGAUGAAGUAAAUGAAUUAAGAAAGAGCUUAGAAUAGUUCAAAGAGUCUAUUUAAACUCUUCAUCUUCAUAAUAAUACUUAGGAUAAUAAUUAUGUGGCAGAAUUAGAAAAUUAAAUUCAAUAUUUUUAAGAGAUGCAACAAAUUGACUAACUAAAGAUGCAAGCUUUGGAGGAAAAGUUAAAUUUACUAUAAAAAGAAAACUAUUUAUUACAAGACAAUCUAAAAUCAAAAAGGAAAUAAUAUCAAUCAUGA